AUGGCAAAGAAAGCUGCUGCAUCAGCUCCUGCUGCGGCCGACGAGUCUGGCACAGUCGAUGUGAACGUGGCCGACUUCAAGCGCACCAGAGACUCGGUCAUUGUCGCCCUAGCAACUCUGCAGACCUCAGUCCAAGAUCUUUCUCGAGCAUACAUCCAGCAUGCCAACACUGUGUUGGCUCCAGGAAGCGGGGGCACACUCGAUGCCAAUCUCACCAACAUCCUCACCGAGUCAGGCCUGCUCGCCACUGGAAGCACUGCAGCCCCUCCUGCUGGCGCUGCUGUCGAGGAAGGCGGCAAGAAGAAGCGCAAGAGGACCCCUCAUGACCCCAACGCUCCCAAGCGCGCAUUGACACCCUACUUCCUCUACAUGCAGAGUGCUCGUGCUCAAAUCGCCAAAGAGCUCGGCAGCGAGGCAAAGCCCAAGGAAGUCGCCGAUGAAGGCACACGCAGAUGGCAAGAAAUGCCUCAGACCGACAAAGGCAUCUGGGAUGAGCAAUAUCAAAAGAAUCUAGCUGCCUAUCGCGUCAAGAUGGCCGCUUACAAAGCUGGUCAGAAGGUCCCCAGCGAUGAGGAGGCUGCUUCACUCGUCGAAGCUGGCAAAGCCCCAGAGCCUGCCGCAAUUGAGGAUGCCGCUGCUGAGACCGAAGAGGAGGACUCUCCCGAGCCGGUCAAGGCUCCUGAACCAGCACCAAAGGCAUCAAAGCGCAGAAAGACCACCGACACCCCAGCUAAGGCUGAGGCCGCUGCUCCUAAGUCGCCAGAGAAGGAGAAAAAGGGCAAGGGCAAGAAGCUGCCGCCGCCGCCGUUGCUGCACCAGAGCCCGAGAAGCAGCCAUGCAACUCGUUCCACGAGAGAUAAGCUCGUUACUUCACAGCUUGGCUUUCUAGCACAGCGGCGGCUGGCCAGAGGUGUCAGGCUGAAUCAUGUUGAGGCUUGUGCAUUGAUCGCGAAUAACCUCCAAGAGCUCAUUCGCGAUGGCAACCACUCCGUCGCCGAGCUCAUGUCCAUUGGCAAGACGAUGCUGGGCCGACGACACGUGCUUCCCUCUGUGAUCUCGACCCUCACCGAGCUCCAGGUCGAAGGUACCUUCACCACGGGGACAUAUCUUGUCACGGUUCACCACCCGGUCGCUUCGGACGAUGGUGACCUGGAGAAAGCCCUCUAUGGCAGCUUUCUGCCGGUUCCCAGCAAGGAUGCCUUUCCCCCAUUUGAGGCUCACGAGUACGAGGAGAAGAAGAUGCCGGGAGCCGUCAUAGUAAAGAAAGGCCCUAAUAUUCAGCUCAAUGAAGGUAGGAAGAGGAUCCAACUCAAGGUCACCAGCAAGGGAGAUCGACCGAUACAGAUCGGAUCACACUAUCACUUCAUCGAAACCAAUCCACUACUCUCCUUCGACCGCAUUGCGGCAUAUGGCUAUCGCCUAGAUAUCGCUGCAGGAACCUCGGUGCGGUUCGAACCCGGUGACACCAAGACAGUCACACUGGUCGAGAUAGCAGGACACAAGGUCAUUCGUGGCGGCAACGGACUCGCCGACGGACCUGUUGAUCUCUCACGCGCGGAUGAGAUCCUCCAAAAGCUACAAGCUGCCGGCUUCGCCCACGAAUCCUCCCCUCAGACCGACAGUUCGCGCCUCUCUACCUUCAACAUGACACGUGCAGACUAUGCGGGCAUGUUCGGUCCCACCACCGGUGAUCUCGUCCGUCUUGCUGCGACCGACCUAUGGGUCCGCGUCGAAAAGGAUCUCACGGUCUACGGCGAAGAAUGCAAGUUCGGCGGCGGCAAGACCCUGCGCGAAGGAAUGGGCCAGGCCUCGAAUCGCCCGGACGCCGAAGUCCUCGACACGGUCAUCACCAACGCUCUCAUUAUCGACUGGACUGGCAUCUACAAAGCCGAUAUCGGCAUCAAGAAUCAGCUCAUCGCCGGCAUUGGCAAAGCCGGCAACCCAGACGUCAUGCCAGGCGUGUCUCCCAACAUGAUUGUAGGCAACGGCACCGACGUGAUCGCCGGCGAGCACAUGAUCGUCACUGCUGGCGGCUUCGAUACGCACAUCCACCUGAUUUGCCCGCAACAGGCCUACGAGUCAAUCGCUGCCGGCAUCACGACCUACCUCGCUGGCGGCACAGGCCCCUCCCAGGCUCCAACGCCACAACCUGCACUCCCGGUAAACAGCACAUGCAAAGGCAACGACAGCGGUCCAAUCCCGCUCCGCGAAUCUAUCGAAGCGGGCGCAUGCGGUCUCAAACUCCACGAGGACUGGGGCACGCACCCUGCCGCCAUCGACGCCUGCCUGAGUGUCUGCGACGAGUACGAUGUCCAAUGCAUGAUCCACACCGACACACUCAACGAGUCCGGCUUCGUCGAAUCCACCGUCGCGGCUUUCAAAGACCGCACCAUUCACACCUACCACACCGAAGGUGCCGGUGGAGGACACGCGCCAGACAUCAUCAAGGUCGUCGAGUUGCCGAAUGUGCUGCCCUCCAGCACGAACCCCACGCGACCGUACACGAACAACACAUUGGAUGAGCAUCUUGAUAUGCUCAUGGUCUGUCACCACCUAUCUCGCAACAUCCCCGAAGACGUCGCGUUCGCCGAAUCGCGCAUCCGCGCCGAAACCAUUGCCGCCGAGGACGUCCUGCACGACUUGGGAGCCAUCAGCAUGAUGUCCUCUGACUCCCAAGCCAUGGGUCGGUGUGGCGAGGUCAUCUUGCGGACGUGGCAUACCGCACACAAAAACAAAGUCCAACGAGGACCACUGCCGGAGGACAAAGAAGAUGGGGAGGCGGAUAAUUUCCGGGUCAAAAGGUAUGUGAGUAAGUACACGAUCAAUCCUGCGCUGGCGCAGGGGAUGGGGCAUUUGAUUGGAAGUGUGGAGGUGGGCAAGUAUGCGGAUCUGGUGGUGUGGAAGCCGGCUAGUUUUGGGGUGAAGCCAAAUUUGGUGGUUAAGGGGGGAAUGAUUUCGUGGAGUAUGAUGGGCGACCCCAACGCCUCAAUCCCAACAAUCCAACCAGUCCUCUCCCGCCCCAUGUUCGGCGCCCUUACCCCGGCAAGCACAUCCAUAACCUGGACCUCCGCCGCCGCCGUCAAAGCCGACCUCCCGUCCAAGCUCGGCCUCAAGAAGCGUAUUGAAGCUGUGAAGGGAUGUAGGAAGGUCAGUAAGAAGGACAUGAAGUUCAAUGAUAGCAUGCCGAAGAUGAAGGUCGAUCCGGAACGGUAUGUGGUUGAGGCGGAUGGGGUGCGGGUUGGGGAGGGGCCUAGUGAGAGCUUGCCGUUGAGUCAGGCGUACUUCGCCUUCUAG